AUGUCUGGCCUGGAGAUACUUGGUGCCGUUGCUGCUGCCGCGCAACUUGUAGACUAUGGGGUCUCACUGAGCGUCAAGGCUGCCCAGGUAUACAGAAACGCGCAAGGUACAACUGAUGAGUUGCAGGCCGUGAAUGAGAUGACCUUGAAGUUUCGCGAGAUGACUCAGAGUAGCUUGACAGUGCAUCGACAGGCCCAGUUCGAAAACUCGCCUGCUGAGAACGCAUACGCAGACAUCGCUCGUCAGUCCAACGAAGCAGCAUUGGAGUUGCUACGAGUACUGAGCGAAAUUCGAGUGCAAGGCGAGAAGUCCAAGUCGAAAAGCCUUCGCAUAGCCUGGAAAGCGGACUGGAAGAAGACGACCAUCGAAAAACUACAACGGCGACUUGAGCUGUUGCGAGAACAAUUGAAUGACCACCUAAUGAGAAUGAUGAGUGAUCGCCAAAGUCUUCUAUCGAUGGCCAUAUCUCGAAUCGAGCAAAAUCAAAGAACACAGGGCAAGGCGCUUGUCCAGGGCUUCGAAAAGCUCAAGGCUGAUCUUCUCCUCGCAAUACGAGAGAAGAAUCAUCGUACACUGCUCACUGCGUUGACCGACAUGCAGACGAAAGGCGAGCGAGUCGUCCUUAUGCAAGAUAUCUUAGCGAGCCUUCGAUUCGACGAAAUGUACUCGCGCUCAUCACGAAUUACCGCGCCAGGUCUCACUACCUGCUUAUGGAUCUUUGACAGCAAGUCAAAGGGUGGCCAUACAGUGAGAUACAUGCAAUGGCUCGAGAACGACAAUGGCAUCUUCUGGGUGACCGGAAAAGCGGGAAGCGGCAAGUCAACAUUAAUGAAGCAUAUUGCAAGCCAUUCGCGGUCCAAGAAGGGCCUUGAACGUUGGUCCAACGGCCGCAGACUGUCCAUUGCGUCUCACUAUUUCUGGUAUCUGGGAACCCCAAUGCAGAAGUCCUACCAUGGCUUGCUUCAGUCGAUCCUCUACGACGUUCUCCGGCAAUGUCCUGGCCUUAUCGAGCACGUGUGCGAAACUCGAUGGCAGGACGAAGCCAUUGGCAGAGACCGACGGACCGCACCGUGGACCUUACCAGAACUCCGAGCCAGCAUCGAUAGACUCACAGAAAGUAAGCUCGAUGCUGAUGGGAACGGACUGUGCUUCUGCUUCUUCAUCGAUGGGCUCGAUGAAUAUGCAGGCGAUCACGAUGAGGUUGUGCGAUUGCUUUGCAGACUCGCUGAAGCCGAUAACAUCAAGAUUUGUGCCUCUAGCAGGCCGUGGGAGGUCUUUCAGCAAUCCUUUGUUGAGAGCAAUGAAAGAAACAAUGUUGUGAUGAUUCAUCAGCAUACCAAAGACGACAUUGCCAAAGUGGUGCAUCAAGAACUUGAUCCUUUCGUGGCUAAGAGGGUAGACGAAGAAGAGGAGAUGAACAGCCUUGUGGCCGACAUCAUCUCGAAGUCGCAAGGCGUUUUCCUCUGGGUCAGCUUGGUUAUAAAGAAGGAACUUCUACCAGGUUUUCGCUACGCGGACAGCGUCUUGUUGCUAAGGCAGAGGCUGAAGAGGGUCCCACAAGAGCUUGAAGACUACUUCGAGCAGAUUUUCAGCCGUAUACCUGAAUUCUAUCGACGAGACACGGGACGCAUAUUUCAAACGUGCCUUAGGGCCGCACAGCCCUUACCCGUGCAUGUUGUACAACUCAUCAUCAGCGAUGACCCACAGGGCUUCUUCUUAUCAGACUCUACUGGCGCCUUACAUUUCAAGUGGUUCCGAGAGACACUUAUCGAGGACGUGCGGAAGCAGAUUAAUGGUCGCUGCCAGGACCUCCUCGAGGUUUAUGGGCAAGACAUCGCCAAGGUCAAUGAUGACCCAGAAGACCGUCUACCCAUUGGCUCUGGAGGGUUGCCUGUUGUUGACUUCUUACAUCGCAGCGUGAAAGACUAUCUACAGAGCGGCAAGCUUGCCAGUGUACUGCGCGGCUGGACAGGAGACGCAUUCGAUCCUGCAAGGAUGCUUUUCGCAUGCUAUGUGUUCAUGGUGAAGACAGCAGCCCCAACACCGACAAUGAUUGCCGACCGCGUGCAACACAGCAUUACAGGAGGAACGUUGCGAAACGCAAUCGAAUGGUCCUGGCGCGCUCUGUCACACGCGUCCGAUGCUCCUUACGAUACUUUAACACGGGCACUCAUGGCCAGCCUUGAUCAAUCAAUGAGCAGGGCCGUCGUUGAUAAUCAUCACUGGACGAACAAAGCUGUUGCUAAGCCUCACGACUCUGCGCGCGACAUAGCCGAGCAGGGUCAACGCGACUUCCUGGGACAUUCGAUUGAGAUUGGAAUCGCAUCCCACGCAUUGGGAAUGAUCAAGCAGGAUCCAACUUGUCUUACAAGGAAAGAUGGACGGCCGUAUCUUGAUUACGCUCUUCGUUUCAACGACGAAGUUCAGCAUGGAGCUGAAAGAUUACCCAUUCCUACGUUAGUCAAGAGUCUACUUUCGUAUGGAUUGGACGUGAAUCAAAAGGUCUGGAUCUGCGACGGACGCACCGUCUGGAGUCUGUUUCUGGCCUUCCUGUACGAUAUACAGCUCGAUACUGCAAACGCUCGAGAGGUCACUUGGCUGCUGAUCAAUCAUGGUGCUGACGAAGUAUUUCAAUGCGAAGUCGCGGAGCGAUCAGAGUUCCCCAUGGCCAAAUACCGCAACGUAGAAUCCAAGCGGAAAGUUCUGAACAUGCAGCAGAUACUAAUCGCCGUCUUCGGGGAAGAUGACGCUGCUGCGAUGUGUGAAGUUGUGACGAGGAACAGAAAGAAAAGCUGGGCUUCAUAUAUCAAGCAGUGGUGUGACUGGAAAGAUCCCGCUCAGCAGGCUGCGAUCUGA